AACUGCUCCAAAAGAAUGUGUUUUUCUCCCAUUCUGGAAAUCAACAUGCAGUCUGAAUCUAACAUUACAGUGCGAGAUGACAUUGAUGACAUCAACACCAAUAUGUACCAACCACUAUCAUAUCCAUUAAGCUUUCAAGUGUCUCUCACCGGAUUUCUUAUGUUAGAAAUUGUGUUGGGACUUGGCAGCAACCUCACCGUAUUGGUACUUUACUGCAUGAAAUCCAACUUAAUCAACUCUGUCAGUAACAUUAUUACAAUGAAUCUUCAUGUACUUGAUGUAAUAAUUUGUGUGGGAUGUAUUCCUCUAACUAUAGUUAUCCUUCUGCUUUCACUGGAGAGUAACACUGCUCUCAUCUGCUGUUUCCACGAGGCCUGUGUAUCUUUUGCAAGUGUCUCAACAGCCAUCAACGUUUUUGCUAUCACUUUGGACAGAUAUGACAUCUCUGUAAAGCCUGCGAACCGAAUUCUGACAAUGGGCAGAGCUGUAAUGCUAAUGAUAUCCAUUUAUUUUUCAUUUUUCUCUUUCCUGAUUCCCUUUAUUGAGGUAAAUUUUUUCAGCCUUCAAAGUGGAAAUACAUGGGAAAACAAGACACUUUUGUGUGUCAGUACGAAUGAAUACUACACUGAACUGGGAAUGUAUUAUCACCUGCUAGUACAGAUCCCAAUAUUUUUUUUCACUGUCAUAGUGAUGCUAAUCACAUACACCAAAAUACUUCAGGCUCUUAAUAUUCGAAUAGGCACAAGAUUCUCAACAGGGCAGAAGAAGAAAGCAAGAAAGAAAAAAACGAUUUCUCUAACCACACAACAUGAGACUACAGACAUGUCACAAAGCAGUGGUGGGAGAAAUGUAGUCUUUGGUGUUAGAACUUCAGUCUCGGUAAUAAUUGCCCUCCGGCGAGCUGUGAAACGACACCGUGAACGACGAGAAAGGCAAAAAAGGGUCUUCAAAAUGUCGUUAUUGAUUAUUUCUACAUUUCUUCUCUGCUGGACACCAAUUUCUGUUUUAAAUACCACCAUUUUAUGUUUAGGCCCAAGUGACCUUUUAGUAAAAUUAAGGUUGUGUUUUCUAGUCAUGGGUUAUGGAACAACUAUAUUUCACCCUCUAUUAUAUGCAUUCACUAGACAAAAAUUUCAAAAGGUGUUAAAAAGUAAAAUGAAAAAGCGAGUUGUUUCCAUAGUGGAAGCUGAUCCCAUGCCUAAUAAUGCUGUAAUACAUAACUCUUGGAUAGAUCCUAAAAGAAAUAAAAAAAUUCCCUUUGAAGAUAGUGAAAUACGAGAAAAAUGUUUAGUACCUCAGGUUGUCACAGACUAG